AUGUCUAACAUAAAAAACCUUCGUGCCAUGUUCGAACAAAACAACAAGGAGACUUCAGCAUCACCACCAGACAGAGGUCGUUCUUCAGGAGAAUAUACAUUAUUCUCACCAGGAAGUAGCACAACACCCCCGAGGCCGCUAUCGAAAGUCAGAACGAGCUUUGUAACUGUUGAACGAGGCGCACAACAAGCCGGUCAGGCAAUACAACUUGGUCUCAAGAGGCAAGAUAGCAAUAGUGAACCCAACAUGGCGAGCGGUGGCAGUAUGGCAAGAAGGAGGACGAGUUUCAGUCUAGAUGAACAAUCUCAUCCGAAGGAAACUGCAGAGAGAAAGAAGUCAAUAUCAGAAGAGUUCGAGGCAAGAAAGGCCAGUAUCAUGGUUGAUGAACUCAUUCCCGAAUCUGCCUUGGCGGAAACUCCUGCUUUCGAAGUCAGCAAACAAAUCGGGGACCCGGAACCUACCAAACAAACAACACCUGAACGUGGUCGGGAAUUAGCGAAGCCAGCAGAGAUCAAGGAGAAUCCAAAGAAAUCCGAGGAGGAGUCAAAAGCGCUGAAUACAAGCCCUCCUGCGACAAGAGCAACCAAAAGCCCGACAUCGAAAACAGGCCCUUCGAAGACCAAUGCAACUCCAAAAGUCUCAGACAAAGCUACAAGAACCAAGUCUGCUACGCGCCCUGCACCUAUAUCUACAGCUAAAUCAUCCACAACACCAAAAAUUUCUCCAAGAGUAUCAUCCCCUCCAAAAUCUUCCAGAACAGCUCCAAGGACACCAACAACACCUACGGGUUCUGGAAAGGAUGGAAAGCUGCAGAAGAGCAAAACACCGGAGAAAAAACCAGUGGUUUCAUCAAAGACUCCCGAUAAGAAACCGGCCAAGAAGACCAGCAGCACUUCGUUGGCCACCUCAAGCGGCGCGCGAGCUUCAAGUAAGCCAAGAUCGGCUAGUCGACCGGCUGUCAAGAGCAGGAACCCGCCAUCGCCUCCACAGAGUGGAUUAGGCAAACCCAAGCCUAGGUCACCUACAAGGCCAGUGCAACUCCCAGCUUCGCUUCUUGCCCCAACAGCUUCUUCUGGCUCGAAAGGUGCUACCUCAGCGCCACCUGCCAGACAAACCCAAAGCCGUGCAUCUGGGGCUAUCAAGAACGAAACUGCACCACGUUCUCAAAGCCGUGCUGGAAGUGCACCCAGGUCAUCCGCUACCACAGCAAAGUCAUCGCACCCACCAGUCUCACGAAGUGCUUCGCAAGUGAAGAAAGGAACUACUAGACCAUCGCUAGGGCCAUCUUCAACCUUACAAAGAAAGAGUUCAGCAGGGAGUUUACCGCCUGCUUCAGCACCAUUGGCCGAUGAUGGAUUUCUGUCGCGUAUGAUGAGGCCUACCGCUUCUUCUGCGUCCAAGUCGACUGAUAAAUCUCCUCCACCGAAGCGGUCGCUAUCUGUAAAGCGACCAUCCAGCAGUCUCGGUCACUCCAAGGUUCGUGAUACUAAGACUGCUUCUCAAGCAAUUCAGAAGGCGAUCAAGCCUACCACAACUAAGGCGGCUGUUUCAAAGUCCACGGCCCCCGUCACCAAACCGGGUGCCAAAACAGUGCCAAAGAAGAAGUCGACAGAUCUACCCAAGCAGGAAGUCAAACAACAAACUAAGGAAGCAAAGUCACCAAAAGUAGAGGCUGCUCCUGUGGGAUCAGAUGUUCCAUCAUCAGCUGCAGAUGAAACAACUGAAACUGUUGAGGAGACCAUUGUUCAACCUGUAGUUGAAGAGACAGUGGUCGAAGAAAAGGCUGCUGAGACUACAGUAGUUGAGGAGGAGAAAAUUGAAGCCCCUGUCGCUCAAACAGAGGUUGCUGUUGCUGAAGCUGAAGAACCAAAGAAGGAAGUUGAAGCCCCCAUUGUCCCUGAGCCAAAGGAGGAAGUUGAGGUCUCAGAGCCCGCAGUUGACGAAGCAGCCCCAUCUUCGGAAAUAAAUGUUGCCGAGCAGCCAAGCACACCAUCUAAUGAAAUUGAAGCCGAAACUGAACAAAUCCAAAGCGCGCCUUCAUCUGAUGAACCGUCCAAGGUUGAUGUCCAAGUUGCAGCCAACCCAGAAGAUGAUGAGGACCCCGAGGAUGCCGCUGCUAGAGCAGAGAUUGCCAGAAUCAACGCGGAGAUGAUGGCUGCUUUGAACAAUUCCGAGUAA